CCCAAGACCUGCAGGCAAAGGUGUAGAAGGACUUGCAAGAGUUGGAUCCCGAGCAGCACUUUCAUUUGCAUUUGCAUUCCUUCGUAGAGCCUGGAGGUCAGGUGAGGAUGCAGACCUAUGCAGUGAAUUGUUACAGGAAUCACUUGAUGCACUACGAGCUUUACCAGAGGCGUCCCUUUUUGAUGAAGGGACUGUAUCUUCUGUAUGGCUGGAAGUGGUGGAAAGAGCUACUAAAUUCCUAAGGUCUGUUGUGACUGGAGAUGUGCAUGGAGCUCCCAGUACCAAAGGGCCAGGAAACAUUCCAUUACAAGACCAGCACUUGGCACUUGCCAUAUUGCUAGAACUGGCAGUGCAGAGGGGUACACUAAGCCAAAUGUUGUCUGCAGUUAUGUUGUUACUUCAACUGUGGGAUAAUGGAACGAGGGAAACAGAUAAUGAGCGAUCUGCGCAGGGAACAAGUGCACCCCUUCUACCUUUGCUACAAAGAUUUCAAAGUAUAAUCUGUAAUAAAGACAUGCCCAAUACUGAGGAAGAGAUUCAGCUGCUGACUUACCCUCUGAGUCCAAAUGAAAGUUUCCUAAGGUAUCUGACUUUACCACAGGACAAUGAGCUAGCGAUUGAUCUCAGACAAACAGCUGUAGUGAUCAUGGCCCAUUUAGAUCGUCUAGCCACCCCAUGUAUGCCUCCACAGUGCAGCUCUCCUACAUCUCAUAAGGGUUCUCUGCAAGAGGUCAUUGCUUGGGGUUUAAUAGGUUGGAAAUACUAUGCUAAUGUGAGUGGUCCAAUUCAAUGUGAAGGACUUGCCAAUCUUGGCGUUGUGCAGGUUGCCUGUGCAGAGAAACGUUUUCUAAUAUUAUCUAGGAACGGACGAGUUUAUACACAAGCAUACAACAGCGAUACUUUGGGACCACAGCUGGUGCAGAGUCUAGCUUCCAGGAAUAUUGUGAAGAUAGCAGCACAUUCAGAUGGGCAUCACUAUCUUGCGUUAUCAGCAAAUGGUGAAGUUUUCUCCUGGGGUUGUGGAGAUGGUGGAAGACUAGGCCAUGGGGAUACAGUCCCUCUGGAGGAACCUAAGAUGAUAUCUGCUUUAUCUGGAAAGCAAGCUGGGAAACAUGUUGUUCAUAUUGCAUGUGGGAGCACCUAUAGUGCAGCCAUUACUGCUGAAGGAGAACUAUAUACAUGGGGACGAGGAAACUAUGGCAGGCUUGGUCAUGGUUCCAGUGAAGAUCAGACCAUCCCAAUGCUGGUCACAGGACUGAAAGGACUCAAAGUUAUUGAUGUAUCCUGUGGGAGUGGAGAUGCUCAGACUCUUGCAGUUACUGAAAAUGGCCAAGUAUGGUCUUGGGGUGAUGGAGAUUAUGGAAAACUGGGAAGAGGAGGCAGUGAUGGUUGCAAGACUCCCAAGUUGAUAGAAAAACUUCAAGAUCUGGAUAUUGUGAAAGUACGCUGCGGGAGUCAGUUCUCUAUUGCUUUAACCAAAGAUGGCCAGGUCUACACCUGGGGAAAAGGUGACAAUCAAAGACUUGGGCAUGGAACAGAAGAGCAUGUUCGAUAUCCCAAACUGCUGGAAGGCUUGAAAGGAAAAAAAGUGAUAGAUGUGGCAGCUGGAUCUACCCAUUGUUUAGCACUGACUGAAGAUAGUGAAGUGCAUAGCUGGGGAAGCAAUGAUCAGUGUCAACAUUUUGAUACUUUGCGAAUCACUAAACCAGAGCCCACAGCUCUCCCAGGAUUAGACACAAAGCAUAUUGUUGGAAUUGCUUGUGGGCCUGCUCAGAGUUUUGCUUGGUCAUCAUGUUCAGAAUGGUCAAUAGGCUUGCGAGUGCCUUUUGUGGUGGAUGUUUGCCCCAUGACAUUUGAGCAGCUAGAUCUGUUACUGAGACAAGUGACAGAGGGAAUGGAUGGCUCCUCUGACUGGCCCCCUCCUCAGGAAAAGGAGUGUAUGGCUGUGGCAACAUUAAACCUUCUAAGGCUUCAGCUUCAUGCUGCCAUUAGUCAUCAGGUAGAUCCAGAAUGCCUUGGCUUAGGUUUGGGCAGUAUCCUGCUCAAUAGCCUGAAACAGACUGUGGUAACAUUAGCCAGUAAUGCUGGUGUUCUUAAUACUGUCCAAUCAGCCGCUCAAGCAGUGCUGCAGAGUGGAUGGGCUGUGUUACUGCCAACAGCAGAAGAGCGGGCUAGGGCGCUCUCAGCGCUCCUACCCAGUGCAGUUUCAGGAAAUGAAAUGAAUGUAAGUCCAGGGCGUAGAUUUAUGAUUGACCUCUUGGUAGGCAGCUUGAUGGCUGAUGGAGGCUUAGAAUCUGCAUUAAAUGCUGCUAUUACUGCAGAAAUUCAGGAUAUUGAAGCAAAAAAAGAAGCACAGAAAGAAAAAGAAAUUGAUGAGCAAGAAGCAAAUGCAUCAACACUUCAUAGGAGCAGGACUCCUUUGGACAAAGACCUUAUUAAUACUGGAAUCUAUGAAUCUGCAGGAAAACAAAGCUUGCCAUUAGUUCAGUUAAUUCAGCAGUUACUAAGGAACAUCGCUUCACAGACGAUAGCCAAACUAAAAGAUGUUGCUCGUCGCAUUUCUUCCUGCAUGGAUCAGGAACAUUACAGCAAAGAGAGAUCUGCUUCUCUGGACCUGUUGCUCCGUUUUCAGCGUCUACUUGUUAGUAAACUUUACCCAGGAGAUUGUGUUGGGCAGGUGUCUAAUACAUACAGCCCUGACCUCUUAGGCGUUGGCUCUUUACUGAAGAAAUACACUGCUCUUCUAUGCACGCACAUUGGUGAUAUACUUCCUGUGGCAACCAGCAUUGCUUCUACUAGUCACAGGCAUUUUGCAGAGGUAUCUCGUGUCGUGGAUGGAGAUUUAACAGGCAUUCUUCUUCCAGAAUUGGUGGUUUCUAUAGUGCUACUCCUCAGUAAAAAUGCUGGAUUAAUGCAGGAAGCUGGUGCUAUCCCUCUGUUGGCUGGCUUGCUAGAACAUCUAGACAGAUUUAACCAUUUAGCCCCUGGAAAGGAAAGAGAUGACAAUGAGGAUUUAGCAUGGCCAGGGAUAAUGGGUUCAUUUUUUACUGGCCAGAGUUGCAGAAAUAACGAGGAGGUGACACUUAUACGUAAAGCUGAUCUAGAGAACCACAACAAAGAUGGAGGAUUUUGGACAGUGAUUGAUGGGAAAGUGUAUGAUAUAAAGGACUUCCAAACUCAGUCUUUAACUGGCAGUAGCAUACUUGCUCAGUUUGCAGGUGAGGACCCAGUUGUUGCUUUGGAAGCUGCUUUGCAGUUUGAGGACACACGGGAGUCAAUGCAUGCCUUCUGUGUUGGCCAGUAUAUGGAGCCUGACCAGGAAGUGAUCACAACACCAGAUCUCAGUACUUUGUCAUCGCCUCUAAUAGACACAGAAAGGAAUCUGGGUCUUCUCCUUGGACUGCACGCUUCCUACCUGGCAAUGAGCACACCACUUUCUCCUCUGGAAGUUGAAUGUGCCAAAUGGUUGAAGUCAUCUAUCUUUUCUGGAGGCUUGCAAACUAGUCAGAUUCAUUACAGUUACAAUGAGGAAAAAGAUGAAGACCACUGCAGUUCGCCUGGUAACACUACCCCAAAUAAAUCCAAACUAUAUACACAUCGAUUAACUUUGAGCGACCAUUCGCAACCUUUUCUCCAAGCUAUUGCAGAUAAUAAUAUUCAGGAUCACACCGUGAAGGACUUCUUAUGUCAAAUAGAGAGAUACUGUAAACAGUGUCACUUAACAACACCAAUCACAUUCCCUCCUGAGCAUCCUGUGGAAGAAGUAGGACGCUUGUUAUUAUGUUGUCUUCUGAAGCAUGAAGAUUUGGGUCAUGUAGCGCUGUCUCUUGUUCAUCCUGGUACCCUUGGUGUUGACCAGGUAAAGCACAAAACCUUACCAAAAUCUGUAGUGGAUGUGUGUCGUGUUGUCUACCAAGCAAAAUGCUCGCUGAUUAAGACCCAUCAAGAGCAAGGACGUUCUUACAAGGAAGUUUGUGCUCCUGUCAUUGAGCGUUUGAGAUUCCUAUUCAAUGAACUACGUCCUGCAGUUUGCAAUGAUCUCUCUAUAAUGUCUAAAUUUAAACUGCUGAGUUCCUUGCCCCGGUGGCGGAGAGUAGCUCAGAAAAUAAUUAGAGAAAAAAGGAAAAAAAGAGUGCCAAAAAAAUCUGAAUCUGCUGAUGUGGAAGAAUCCAAAAUUGGAAAUGAAGAGAGUGAUUUAGAAGAAUCCUGUGUGGUACCUCACAGUCCUGUACCUAUAGAUAAAAGGCCCAUACCAAUCAAAUCGCCCAAGGAUAAGUGGCAGCCACUUUUGAGUACAGUUACAGGUGUCCACAAAUACAAAUGGCUGAAGCAAAAUGUCCAAGGCUUGUAUCCACAGUCUGCCCUCCUUAACACUAUUGUUGAAUUUGCACUUAAAGAAGAGCCGGUGGAUGUAGAAAAAAUGAGAAAAUGUUUAUUAAAACAGUUGGAAAGAGCAGAAGUUCGUCUGGAGGGAAUAGAUACUAUUUUGAAAUUGGCAGCAAAAAAUUUUUUGCUCCCAUCUGUGCAGUAUGCUAUGUUCUGUGGAUGGCAGAGGCUUAUUCCAGAAGGAGCCAAUAUAGGGGAACCUCUUACUGACUGCUUGAAGGAUGUUGAUCUGAUCCCACCGUUUAACAGAAUGCUGCUAGAAGUAACUUUUGGAAAGUUGUAUGCGUGGGCUAUUCAGAACGUCCGAAACAUCUUGCUAGAUGCUAAUGCAAAAUUUAAAGAACUAGGUGUGCAGCCUGUUCCUCUACAGACAAUUACUAAUGAGAAUCCAGCAGGACCAAGUCUUGGAACUAUUCCACAAGCACGUUUUCUGCUGGUCAUGCUCAACAUGUUGACGCUGCAGCAUGGUGCCAAUACCUUGAGUCUCCUCCUUAAUUCUGGCAUGCUAGCAUUGACGCAAACAACACUGCGGCUGAUAGGACCUAGUUCUGACAACAUUGAAGAAGAUAUGAUUGCCUCUUCUCAUGGAGCUUCUGCCACAGUCCUAGAAGAGUCAAGAAAGGAAAGUACACCUGUUCAGCUCCCUGUUUCUGGGCCAGAACUGGCAGCCAUGAUGAAAAUUGGUACCAGAGUGGUGAGAGGGGUAGACUGGAAAUGGGGUGAUCAGGAUGGACCCGCUCCAGGUUUGGGUCGUGUGAUUGGAGAACUGGGAGAAGAUGGCUGGAUUAGAGUGCAGUGGGACACCGGAAGUACAAAUUCUUACAGAAUGGGGAAGGAGGGAAAAUAUGAUCUCAAACUAGCUGAGCCACCACCGGCAACGCAGCCCACAACAGAGGAUUCAGACACUGAGGAUGAUUCUGAAGGAGAACAAGUUGAAAGGAAUCUCCACCCCACUUCCAUGAUGCUGACAAGUACAGUGAACCUGUUGCAGACACUGUGUCUCUCUGCUGGUGUCCAUGCUGAAGUCAUGCAAAGUGAUGCUACUAGGACUUUGUGUGGUCUACUCCGUAUGCUUGUGGAGAGUGGAACAAUAGAUAAAUCAGCUUCCUUGCCAAAUAAAUUAGUUUAUAAAGAACAGCAUAGGAGUUGGUGCACGUUGGGAUUCAUUCGAAGUAUAGCACUCAUGCCUCAGAUGUGCAGCACUCUUAGUACAUCUCAGUGGAUAACUUUGCUAAUGAAAAUUGUUGAGGGGCAUGAAUCUUUCACUGCUGCUUCACUACAGAGACAGAUCCUUGCUGUACAUUUAUUGAAAGCAGUGCUUCCAUCCUGGGAUAAAAAUGAAAGGUCAAGAGACAUGAAAUUUCUUGUGGAAAAACUGUUUGGAUUUUUAGGCAGCCUGCUUAGUACUUGUUCUUCAGAUAUCCCACUACUCAGAGAAUCUACUCUGAGAAGGAGAAAGGCCAGGCCCCAAGCAUCUCUAACUGCCACUCACAGUAGUACUUUAGCAGAAGAGAUAGUGGCAUUGCUGAGGACGCUCCAUUCGCUCAGCCAGUGGAAUGGACUCAUAAACAAGUACAUCAACUCUCAGCUAACCUCCAUCACCCACAUCUUUGCAGGAAAACAGUCAGAAGGGGCUCUGCUGGAUGACUACUUUCCUGACACUGAGAAUCCAGAGGUGGGAGGCCUAAUGGCAGUGUUAGCGGUGAUUGGUGGCAUAGACAGUCGCUUGAGACUGGGUGGACAAGUAGUUCAUGAUGAAUUUGGAGAAGGCACAGUAACACGCAUCACCCCAAAAGGGAAAAUCACUGUACAAUUCUAUGACAUGCGAACAUGUAGAGUGUGCCCUCUGAAUCAACUAAAACCACUUCCAGUUGUGGCUUUUAAUGUGAACAACUUGCCUUUCACUGAACCUAUGCUAUCCAUUUGGGCUCAACUAGUAAAUCUGGCUGGAAGUAAAGUAGAAAAACAAAGAAUGAAGUCUCCCAAUCAGGGUCUUUCAGGUCAAGUGGAUCUGGAUCUGCUGCGAUGCCAGCAGUUAAAGCUGUACAUACUGAAAGCAGGCCGAGCUCUACUUUCUCACCAGGAUACACUGAGGCAGAUCUUAUCUCAGCCAGCUGUUCAGGAGUGUGCAUUAAAUCCUGCAGAGGAUGGAGCAGUUGCCUCUCCCGACAUAGGAGAUAUGUCCCCUGAAGGACCUCAGCCUCCCAUGAUUCUUUUACAGCAACUUUUGACAGCUGCUACACAACCAUCACCUGUGAAAGCAAUAUUUGACAAACAAGAGCUUGAGGCUGCUGCUUUGGCGGUAUGCCAGUAUCUGGCUGUAGAGUCUACACAUCCUUCAACGCCAGUGUUUGAAGACUGCAGCUCUAGUGAAGCUACAACACCUGUCACAGUGCAACAUAUCCGACCCACCAAAGUGAAGAAACGCAAGCAAUCUCCAAUUCCACCCCUCCCCAUUGUCGUUCAACUUAUGGAAAUGGGAUUUCCUAGGAAAAACAUAGAAUUUGCACUAAAAUCUCUGUCUGGAACCUCUGGAAGUGCUUCUGGAUUGCCAGGAGUAGAAGCCUUGGUUGGCUGGUUGUUGGAUCACCCUGAUGUUCAAAUCACGGAUCUCUCUGAUGCUGAUACUGUCUCUGAUGAGUAUUCAGAUGAGGAAAUACCAGAGGAGGUGGAAGAAGCUGAAGCUGCUUGCCCUGUGACAAGUGGUGCUGUUGUAACAGAGAGCCAGACCUAUAAGAAACGAGCUGAUUUCUUAAGUAAUGAUGACUAUGCUGUGUACGUGAGGGAGAAUAUUCAGGUGGGGAUGAUGGUUAGGUGCUGCAGAACCUACGAGGAGGUUUGUGAGGGAGAUGUAGGCAAAGUUAUUAAAUUGGAUCGAGAUGGAUUGCAUGACCUGAACGUACAGUGUGAUUGGCAACAAAAGGGUGGUACUUACUGGGUCAGAUAUAUCCAUGUUGAGCUUUUAGGAUUCCCACCGCAGAGUUCUGCCUCUCAUAUCAAGAUAGGCGACAAAGUGCGUGUGAAAAGUUCUGUUACCACACCCAAGUACAAAUGGGGAUCAGUUACUCACCGAAGUGUGGGAGUUGUCAAAGCUUUUAGUGCCAAUGGAAAAGAUGUCAUUGUAGACUUCCCUCAGCAGUCUCAUUGGACUGGCUUGUUGUCAGAAAUGGAACUGGUCCCCAGCGUUCAUCCUGGAGUCACGUGUGAUGGCUGUCAGAUGUUUCCUAUCAAUGGGCCUAGAUUCAAAUGCAGAAACUGUGAUGAUUUUGACUUUUGUGAAACCUGUUUUAAAACCAGGAAGCAUAACACCCGACAUACUUUUGGCAGAAUAAAUGAACCAGGUCAGUCUCCAGUGUUUUGUGGGCGUUCUGGAAAGCAGCUGAAGAGACGACAUAGUAGCCAGCGGGGAAUGUUACUGGAUGAUUGGUCAAGAAUAGUUAAGAAUUUGAAUGUCUCAUCCUCUGUGAAUCAGGCUUCACGUCUUAUUGAUGGUAGUGAGCAGUGCUGGCAGUCUUCUGGCUCACAAGGAAAGCACUGGAUUCGGUUGGAGAUUUUUCCAGAUGUUCUUGUUCACAGACUAAAGAUGAUAGUGGACCCUGCAGACAGCAGUUACAUGCCCUCUUUAGUUGUAGUUUCAGGGGGGAACUCCUUAAAUAACCUUAUAGAGCUAAAGACAAUCAAUAUAAAUCCUACAGACACCACAGUGCCUCUUCUCAGUGACUGUACAGAAUACCAUAGGUAUCUUGAGAUUGCAAUCAAGCAGUGCAGAAGCUCUGGGAUUGAUUGCAAAAUACAUGGCCUCAGCAUACUGGGACGUAUACGUGCAGAGGAUGAAGAUUUGGCUGCAGUCCCUUUCCUUGCUUCUGAUAAUGAGGAAGAGGAUGAUGAUAAAGCUAACACUGGGAGCCUUGUUAGAAAGAAGGCAGCUGGGCUCGAAUCGGCAGCUACAAUAAGAACCAAAGUUUUCGUUUGGGGACUGAAUGACAAAGACCAAUUGGGAGGGCUAAAAGGUUCCAAGAUAAAGGUCCCUUCCUUUUCUGAAACCCUGUCUGCCUUGAAUGUUGUACAAGUAGCUGGAGGAUCCAAAAGCCUUUUUGCAGUGACUGUAGAGGGUAAAGUAUAUGCCUGUGGAGAAGCCACAAAUGGAAGGCUGGGUUUAGGAAUAUCUAGUGGAACUGUGCCUAUUCCCCGCCAGAUUACAGCUCUCAGUAACUAUGUGGUAAAGAAGGUGGCUGUUCACUCAGGUGGCCGGCAUGCUAUGGCAUUAACUGUUGAUGGAAAGGUAUUUUCAUGGGGUGAAGGAGAUGAUGGAAAACUUGGUCACUUCAGUCGAAUGAACUGUGAUAAACCCAGAUUGAUAGAAGCGUUGAAAACAAAACGCAUCCGUGAUAUUGCUUGUGGCAGUUCCCACAGUGCUGCCAUUACCUCUAGUGGUGAACUGUAUACGUGGGGUCUUGGAGAGUAUGGAAGGCUAGGACAUGGAGAUAAUACCACACAGCUGAAGCCUAAAAUGGUUAAAGUGCUCCUUGGCCACAGAGUCAUUCAGGUUGCUUGUGGAAGCAGAGAUGCUCAGACUCUUGCUUUGACAGAUGAAGGUUUGGUGUUUUCUUGGGGUGAUGGUGAUUUUGGAAAACUGGGCCGAGGAGGAAGUGAAGGAUGCAACAUUCCUCAGAACAUUGAAAGACUGAACGGCCAAGGCGUUUGUCAGAUUGAGUGUGGUGCUCAGUUCUCAUUGGCACUGACCAAGUCAGGAGUGGUAUGGACAUGGGGUAAGGGCGACUACUUCAGGCUAGGCCAUGGCACAGAUGUCCAUGUACGAAAGCCACAAGUUGUGGAAGGACUGAGGGGUAAAAAGAUUGUGCACGUGGCUGUAGGCGCACUGCAUUGUCUAGCAGUUACUGACACUGGACAGGUUUAUGCUUGGGGUGACAAUGACCAUGGGCAACAAGGCAAUGGAACUACUACAGUCAAUAGAAAGCCCACUCUUGUCCAGGGCUUGGAAGGCCAGAAAAUCACUCGGGUUGCUUGUGGGUCUUCCCACAGUGUAGCAUGGACAACAGUGGAUGUAGCUACACCGUCUGUUCAUGAACCAGUACUUUUCCAGACAGCGAGGGACCCUUUAGGUGCUUCUUAUCUUGGUGUUCCUUCAGAUGCAGAUUCUUCUGCUGCCAGUAACAAAAUUAGUGGGGCAAACAGUUCCAAACCAAAUCGCCCUUCCCUCGCUAAGAUUCUCCUGUCACUUGAUGGGAAUGUUGCCAAACAGCAGGCGUUAUCUCAUAUACUGAUGGCAUUACAAAUCAUGUAUGCCAGGGAUGCAGUUGUUGGAGCAUUGAUGCCUGCAAGUAUGAUUGCACCAGUAGAAUGUCCCUCUUCAUCACCAGCACCGCCAUCGGAUGCUACUUCUGCAGGAAGCCCUGCAAAUGGAGAUGAAUGCGUGCUUGUAGGAGAUAUAGAAGAGAGGCUGAGCCCAAACCCAUGGCAGGACAGGAGAGGGGAGGUUGUUUCUUCAGAAGAUGCUGUGACACCGUCUGCUGUAACUCCCUCAGCUGCUGCUGCCUCUUCCCGCCCUUUCAUUCCAGUCACAGAUGAUCCUGGAGCUGCUAGUAUCAUUGCAGAAACCAUGACAAAAACCAAAGAAGACGUAGAAAGUCAAAGUAAAGUAUCUGGCCCAGAACCACAGUACUUGGAUGAGUUUACUAGUCUCUUAGUACCCGAUGACACACGAGUUAUGGUUGACCUGCUAAAGCUUGCUGUGUCCAACCGAGCAGGUGAAAAGGGAAGAGAUGUUCUUUCGGCUGUGCUGUCUGGCAUGGGCACAGCUUACCCACAGGUUGCUGAUAUGUUGUUGGAGCUGUGUGUUACUGAACUGGAAGAUGUAGCAACUGAUUCACAAAGUGGUCGCCUCUCUUCGCAACCAGUUGUGGUAGAAAGCAGCCAUCCAUAUACUGAUGAUACAUCUUCUAGUGGCACAGUUAAAAUACCAGGUGCUGAGGGACUGAGGGUAGAAUUUGAUCGCCAGUGUUCUACAGAGCGGCGUCAUGAUCCACUCACCAUAAUGGAUGGUGUCAACAGAAUUGUUUCCGUCCGAUCAGGUCGUGAGUGGUCAGAUUGGUCUAGUGAAUUGCGAAUUCCAGGGGAUGAACUAAAGUGGAAGUUCAUCAGUGAUGGCUCUGUGAAUGGAUGGGGAUGGCGAUUCACUGUUUACCCUAUCAUGCCAGCUGCAGGCCCUAAAGACCUUCUCUCAGAUCGUUGCAUUCUUUCAUGCCCCUCAAUGGAUUUGGUUACUUGUUUGCUGGAUUUUCGCUUAAAUUUUGCUUCCAACAGGAGUAUAGUUCCUCGCUUGGCAGCUUCUCUUGCAGCUUGUGCUCAACUGAGUGCCUUAGCUGCUGGCCACAGAAUGUGGGCCUUGCAGAGACUACGGAAACUACUCACAACAGAGUUUGGCCAGUCUAUUAACAUCAACCGGAUUCUAGGGGAUAAUGAUGGAGAAACACGAGCUUUGAGUUUCACGGGGAGUGCUUUAGCUGCUUUGGUUAAAGGUCUUCCAGAGGCUUUGCAGCGACAGUUUGACUAUGAAGACCCCAUUGUGAGAGGUGGCAAACAGUUGCUCCACAGCCCUUUCUUUAAGGUGCUUGUGGCUCUUGCUUGUGAUCUGGAGUUGGACACUCUCCCUUGCUGUGCAGAGACACACAAAUGGGCCUGGUUCAGGAGAUACUGCAUGGCAUCCAGGGUUGCCGUGGCUCUUGAUAAAAGGACACCAUUACCCCGCCUUUUCCUUGAUGAGGUGGCAAAGAAAAUCCGAGAAUUAAUGGCAGAUAACGAAAAUAUGGAUGUUCUUCAUGAGUGCCAUGAUGUCUUUAAAAGAGAACAGGAUGAACAGCUGGUCCAGUGGAUGAAUAGACGACCCGAUGAUUGGACACUUUCAGCUGGAGGCAGUGGAACUAUUUAUGGUUGGGGUCAUAAUCACAGAGGACAACUUGGUGGGAUUGAAGGGGCAAAAGUCAAAGUCCCAACUCCAUGUGAAGCUCUUGCUACCCUUAGACCAGUGCAGUUAAUUGGUGGUGAACAGACUCUGUUUGCAGUGACUGCUGAUGGGAAACUGUAUGCGACUGGAUACGGAGCAGGUGGUAGGCUUGGAAUUGGAGGAACAGAGUCAGUUUCUACUCCAACUUUACUGGAAUCCAUUCAACAUGUGUUUAUAAAGAAAGUUGCAGUGAACUCGGGAGGAAAGCAUUGUUUGGCAUUGUCUUCUGAGGGAGAAGUUUAUUCUUGGGGCGAAGCAGAAGAUGGUAAACUUGGUCAUGGAAACCGAAGUCCCUGUGAUCGUCCUCGUGUAAUUGAAUCUCUGAGAGGUAUAGAAGUGGUUGACAUUGCUGCUGGAGGAGCACACAGCGCAUGUAUUACAGCUGCAGGAGACCUUUUUACGUGGGGCAAGGGAAGAUAUGGACGCCUUGGGCAUGGAGAUAGUGAGGAUCAACUAAAACCUAAACUGGUGGAAGCUCUCCAGGGCUACCGUGUGAUUGACAUAGCCUGUGGCAGUGGAGAUGCACAGACAUUGUGCCUCACUGAUGAUGAUACAGUCUGGUCCUGGGGUGAUGGAGAUUAUGGAAAACUUGGGAGAGGAGGCAGUGAUGGCUGUAAAGUACCAAUGAAGAUUGAUUCCCUCACAGGCCUUGGAGUGGUUAAAGUAGAAUGUGGAUCACAGUUUUCUGUGGCUCUUACCAAAUCUGGAGCAGUAUAUACAUGGGGCAAAGGAGAUUAUCAUCGGUUAGGCCAUGGUUCUGAUGACCAUGUUAGAAGACCACGACAAGUGCAGGGACUGCAAGGAAAGAAAGUCAUUGCAAUUGCUACUGGAUCUUUGCACUGUGUUUGCUGCACUGAAGAUG